AUGAAGCUCGUUCUCGCUUUCCUUGGCCUCGUUUUCCUGACCAGGAUGACUAGAUGCACCAUCUUAUCGUGUAUGCCUCCUUCUGCAGCUGCCGACCCGGACAUGUACGAGGGUAUCGUCAAUGAUCGUCUCCAUGCACAUACUAGAGCGUCGUACCGACUUUUACUUCGGCUACGCCCGGAAAGCUCAUGGCUACGCACUAUACCAUCCAAUGUAGCGGCCGACGCGGACACUGAUACAGGUGCUGAAGAAGGUGCUCUCAACGCUCGUGCUGUGUCUGCCCCGGGAUACAUCAACCAUCCCCCCGAGGAAGAUCAACCCAAAGCGAGCCCUGACACCCUUGUUCCUCGUGUUCUCCGAGCUGCGUAUCCAAAGAACGACUUUGAGGAUGAGGGUGCGUUAAACUCUGAAACUGAUACCGUUCUUGCGCUCGGUCGUGGGAUAGAGGCAUCGACUCCUGACAGGAAGAAAUCGAACUCAACGACACGGAGGAAGGCAGUGAGGACGGAAAUAGUACGAUAUAGAUAUGGAACUACUUUCCGGUGA